GUGGUGACCUUGGUAGCGCACAGACUGGGUGCAGACGAGACAGGUAACAUCAUGCCAGGCGGGACUUAAGACUCUUAAGAAAAGCUGCGCCAUGUCGUCGGUGGUGGAGUACUACCGCGGGAAGACCGUCCUGGUUACCGGGGCGACGGGCUUCAUGGGGAAAGUCCUGGUGGAGAAGCUGCUGAGAUCAUGUCCCGACCUGGAGGGGUUAUACCUAAUGGUACGACCCAAGGCUGGGCAGACCCCCACUGAGAGGAUCAACGGCAUUGUGGAGGGGAAGUUAUUUGACCAACUGAGGCAGCUGCAGCCGGAUUUCCAGUCCAAACUUCGACCAAUCACAAGUGACCUCCUGGAGCCCGACCUGGGGCUCAGCCAAUCAGACGAGGAGCUGCUGGUGUCAAAGGUCAACAUCGUGUUCCACUCGGCGGCCAUGGUCAAGUUCCAGGAACACCUCAAGUACUCCUUACAGAUGAAUGUUCUGGCCACACAGAGAUUGCUGGGACUGUGUCAGAAGAUGACGUCACUCGAGGCGUUUAUCCACGUGUCCACUGCCUAUGCCUACUGUAACAGACAGUUUAUAGAGGAGAUCGUCUACCCUCCCCGCGUUCAUCCACAGAAGCUGCUCGACUGUAUAGAAUGGAUGGAUGAUGACAUGGUGUCCACGAUCACCCCUGACCUUGUGCGAGACCACCCCAACACGUACACCUUCUCCAAGGGCAUCGCUGAGAACCUGCUGUUGGAGCAGCGAGGUCACGUGCCGCUCGCCAUCAUACGACCCUCGAUAGUCACAGCUACAUGGAGGGAACCUCUGCCCGGUUGGGUGGACAACUUCAACGGACCAACAGGAAUCUUCAUCGCUAUUGGAAAGGGAAUAUUGCGGACCAUGCACGGAGAUCCUGAGGCGAAAGCCGACAUUGUUCCUGUUGACGUGCCCAUUAACCUGAUGAUCGCUGCUGCCUGGUACAUCGCUGUCAAGGGGUCAGGAGAAACUCAGAUCUACAACUGCACCACCGGAAACAUCAACCCUUACUGCUGGGGACAAAUAGCGACAAAAACCAUAGACUUCUACCUGGAGAGGCCCUUAGAACAACCCUUCAGAAUCCCCCCGAAAGGAGCUCAAUUCACCAUGCACAGAUGGUGGCAUGAACUUUGGGUCCCGAUUACCCACCUCAUCCCAGCGUAUAUCAGUGACGUACUGUUCAGGGCAAUGGGCAAGAAACCCAGAAUGGUCCGUCUGUACGACAAGCUGCACAAGUCCCUGGAGAGUUUGGACUGGUUCACUUGCAGGGGGUGGGACUGGUCCAACACCAACGUCAUCAAGCUGCAGCGGCAACUCAGCCAGGAGGACAGGAAGUUGUUUAAUUUUGACGUGUCUGCAAUUGACUGGGACCAGUACAUGGAGAAUUACCUGAUCGGAGCCAAGCGCUACGUGCUGAAAGAAGACGUCGGUAGGAUCCCCGAAUGUCGGAGAUACAUACAAAGAGUGACGCGUAUCCAGUACGUGCUGAAGUUCAUCGCCGUGGUGAUCGCCUGGCGCGUCCUGAUUGGCCGGUCCCGAGCCGCGCGGAACGUGUGGUUCGUCCUGAUUGGUCAGCUUCUCCGGUUACUCAACGCACUCAAGCUCUGGCAGCACUGACGCUAGCUUGUAAGAGUUAGUCAGCGCGUCGGCAGAACGUACUGCACCGGCGCGAAACCCGUAAUCAGGCGUAGAAAUACCUUUUUAAAUACGACGUCUUUAUUGGUUUUCCAACCGCAAACAUACAUAUGCAGGGAAAGACACAAGUCUCCCUGAAUUGGGUAGUUUGUUACAAUCAACACAUAAUACAAUACAAUCGAUGAACAAUAAACAGUAGUAAAAUGCAGCAUAAAGAU